GGACUCUGAACACAACCCAUCGUCUCUGGGAAUGGGCGGGAAAUAUCACUUUUGACCAACUAUCAGGAAUCUGAAUCUCUUUUAACAGUAAAAGAUAAAAAGUUUGUUUCAGGAUUGGCAUGCAUGUAUUAAAAUUCUCCCUAACUGACAAGCAUAUCACCACUGUAUAUAGUACUGUUUGUACCAGUACUGUUCUUGGUAUUUGUCUUGCUAGUGUCUAACAUUAAUAUUUUUUAACUGCUGAUGUUUAUCUUCACCCAACAUCCUUUUUAAAACUAUAGGAAUGGUAAAGGCUAAUACACAGAUAGUGGCGCAUGUUAAGAAAGUGGAAUGACCUGAUUUGAGCGGGAAAAUCGUCUUCCGAUGAAAUAACGAAGAAAGAAAGAAAGAAAGAAAGAAAGAAAGAAAGAAAGACAUUUCCACUAAAAGAGUAUGAACUCUCCCACAACACAAUUUGCCACCUCUAGAAGGAUGGGUAUGUACGAGCCACCCCACCAGGUUAGCAUGUGGACUGAUGCUUUCAAAAUCCAUAAUGGUCCAAAUUCAGCCGCAUCUAUGAUUGUAGAGAUCGACAAUAAACUGGACAGCACCCAGUCCGAUGAUACUUCUCAAGGAAUAGUAGGAUCAUCGAAGAAGUAUGAUCAGGAGGCAAGCAAGCCUGUUGAGAAGGUAUUGAGACGUCUUGCACAAAAUCGAGAAGCUGCACGGAAAAGUCGCCUGCGAAAAAAGGCGUAUGUUCAACAAUUGGAAACAAGUCGUUUGAAGUUAUCACAAAUAGAACAGGACCUUAAUCGUGCUAGACAGCAGGGUGCAUACAUUGGCGAUACUAGUCAUUUGGGGUUCUCUGGACCUGCUAACUCAGGGAUUGCGACUUUUGACAUGGAAUAUGGUCAUUGGGUUGAAGAACAAAACAGACAAAUACGUGAACUAAGAUCUGCUUUACUAGCUAAUGUAACUGAUAUAGAGCUCCGUAUACUUGUUGAUGGUGCCAUGAAUCACUAUUUCGAUCUUUUUCGCAUGAAAUCUACUGCUGCAAAGGCUGAUGUUUUCUACUUGAUGUCGGGUAUGUGGAAAACGUCAGCAGAACGUUUUUUUCAGUGGAUUGGUGGUUUCCGACCUUCAGAGCUUCUAAAGGUCCUCACGCCACAACUUGAUCCAUUGACAGAGCAACAACUAGUGAAUGUAUAUAGUCUACAACAAUCAUGUCAACAAGCCGAAGAUGCUCUUUCUCAAGGGAUGAACAAACUUCAAGAAACUGUUUCUGAUACACUGGCGGCGGAUCUGUUGAAUUCAGGGAAUUAUAUGGCACAAAUGGCCUCGGCAAUUGAGAAGUUAGAAGCUCUUGUAAGCUUUGUAAAUCAGGCGGGCCAUCUUCGCCAACAGACGCUGCAACAAAUGUCUCGUAUCUUAACAACUCGUCAGACAGCUAGAGGACUACUUGCACUAGGUGAUUAUUUCCAAAGGCUUCGAGCCCUGAGUAACCUUUGGGCGGCUAGGCCACGUGAACCAGCAUAAUCUACACACAAUUAGAACUUACAAAACCCUCAACUAAAUAUUUUAAAGACUCAUCAUCAGCCAAGAGGUAGAAGAAAUUAAAGCAUAGCAAGUAAAGUCAGUUGUUUAGCUUCGCUUAUCAAGGUCACCACUUCCCUUGGUAAGUCUUUGUUUACUUGUUAAUCCGGUAAGUGAUAUUUUAAUGCUUCUGGAAAGACUUUUUUUUGUUCCAAAAUAAUAAUUAAAAAAAAAACAUCCAAGAAUGUAUAUAUGAAAAUCUUUCUCAAGUGUCCAUGUAUCAAGAGCGUGGGUUUGUUAAUAGAACCUCACUGCACAUUUAUAUGCAUUGCCGGAAACAGAAAACGUAAUAAGGAGAAGAUUAUAGAAGGGGUUGUUUUCUUUUGAGUCUUAAGUUAAAUGUUGUACCAGUAAGACAUGUAAUGUAAAGUUUUGGGGAAUUAUUGUGGUGGCGUUGUUUCUGUGCGUCUGUGUUUUGAGUUUUGUGUUGGGAGAUGAAAACAUAUGUAAUGUACAUCAGUGUAUCUAUCAAAAUCGUUUUGCUUCUUGUA